AGCCCGGUGCGUCAGAGCUGCGAUUGUUGUCUGUGGGGCUACAGACAGCUUACCAAAACCGUGUCUGUUAAGAGUACUCUUUAAAAUUGCAAGCAAUAUGGAGACUACCUAAUUAAAUCCACUUGGCAGGUUGAUCUGUUUGCUGGGAACAGGUGUAUACGCACAGCAGAACAAUGUCAAUCAGCGUGACUUUGAAGAAGAUCACAAACCUGCCCGGAAAAUAUGACCGGCAGGUGGAACUCACUUUCAGGGGGUUCACCCACAAAACCAAGAUGCUGGCAUGUGAAUACGAGGCCAUCUUCAAUGAGCAAUUCCGUUGGCCUCAUUAUGGAAAACAAAUCCGGGAGGAGAUGCUCACCAUCAUGGUGUACAACACAAGCAAAGUUUUUAGUAACAGAUUAUUGGGAAAACUGGUGAUCAGUCUGCAGCAUCUUGUUUCAGCUGGACGUCUCGUACUUAAGGAAGCUCUGGUCGACAAAAAUUUCAGCCUGACAGAUAUUCUUAUUGAGGUUGAUAUUUGCUAUCAUCCAAUAGAAGGCCCUGCAGGAACUUGGCAGCAGGAUGAUUUUCUGGACUCGACUGAAGAUGAAGGAGAUGAACUUGGAUUCAGAAAUGCUGGAUACCUGGACCCACAGUCUAGUCAAUUGAUGAGACCUGAACGACUUGACAAGGAAGCAAAGAAACUGGGACGUAGUUUAGUCAAAGGUGGAGGCGAUGAUGAUGAAGACGAAGAUGAUGAUGAUUUCAACUUUUCAGAGGCUGAAUUCACAAACGUCACCUUUACUCCCAUCAAAAGCCGAUGCCGUUUUCCUUCCAGAGAUGAGUUAGCAGCUUCUCCAAAAGCGAAAAUAUUUCAGGUAAACAUCACCAUUGUCGAAGCCCAGAAACUGGUUGGAGUAAACAUUGACCCAGUAGUCCGUGUGAAGAUUGGGGAUGAGAAGAGGCACACAGCAAAACAGAAAUCGACUAACUGCCCAUUCUACAAUGAGAAUUUCAUGUUUGAAUUCUAUGAGGCUCAGGAGACCAUGUUUGACAGAGUUAUUGAAAUAUCUGUUAUACAUAAGAAGUUCCUUCCAUUCUUGUGGACGCUGAUUGGCAUGUUUAAGGUUGACAUCAGCACAGUCUACAGUCAGCCAGAACACCGCUUCUAUCAGAAAUGGGCACCUGUCACUGACCCUAAAGACACACGGAGUGGCAUCAAGGGAUAUGUGAAGUGCACAGUGUCCAUUGUAGCCAGAGGAGAUCCCAUUGGCAUUGCAAGUCUGCCAAUGGUGGGCAGUCAGAAUGAUGACAUUGAGAAAAACCUGAUGCUGCCUAAGCGAAUACCUGCAGAGAGACCUUGGGCCAAGUUUUGUAUCCGGAUCUACCGUGGGGAAGGCCUACCAAGCAUGAAUUCUGGUAUUGCAGGCAGCUUCUCAAAGAUGAUGGGAGAGAAGAAAGUCUUCAUUGACCCCUACGUGAAGGUCACCUUUGCUGGACAGCAGGGUGAAACAUCAGUUGAGUCCGACACAAAUGCCCCUGAGUGGAACGAGCAGAUCUCCUUCAUUGAACAAUUCCCUCCCCUUGCCAGGAGAAUAAAAGUACAGAUAUUGGAUGACGCAAACUUCGGAGAAAUUGCUUUAGCAACACAUUACUUGGAUCUUCAGCAAAUAUCUGAUCCAACAAGGAAUGGUUUCCAUCCUACUUUUGGACCUGCGUGGGUUAACCUGUACGGGUCACCUAAUAACUCCACACUGAGAGAUGUCCAUCGUGAUCUCAAUGAAGGCCUUGGUGAUGGUAUUUUCUUCCGUGGACGCAUUCUCCUCUCACUGACUGUAGAAUUGUAUCAUUCUCCGACUGCAGUGGAUACCAAGGGUGGGCCAUCUGUUAAGGGGGCCAUCAGCAAAUUGAAAAUUAGACGCAAGAGCAAGAAGCCAGGUAAAGGGCAAGAAAAGGAAGUGACUUCUGGGAAGAGCAGUGGAGCUGACGAGAGUCCUGGCAGUGCUGAGGUGCCCGGCUCUGUGACUGUAGAGGUUGAAGAAAUCCACCCACUCCCAGAGAACUUUCUUGGAGAGAAGGAAGAGUUCCUUCUAUUUGGAUCACUUUUUGAAGCUACAAUGAUUGAUAACUCCAUUGGAUCCAAGCCAGUGACCUUUGAGGUGUCCAUCGGAAAUUACGGCAAAGCAGCUGAUGUGAUCGUGAGAUCAAAAAAGAAUCUUGCCAAUGAUGAAGAAAAACAGGCACUCCUGGAGAACUCUGAGGAUGAACUAGAAAAUGAAGACAGACUUCCCACCAGCACGGACAACUCUGUGACUCCAGGAAAAAGACCUCAGCACACUGAAUAUGACCGGUCCUUCAGCUGUGUUCCAAUGCUGCAGGAAAAGCCCUGUGUCUUUGUCUGGAACUACUGGGAAGACCACACCUGGCGCCUCCAUACUAUCAACUGGAUUGUCAAAAUGGCUGACAGGCUGGAAAAUGGAAUUGAAGAUGUUGAAAAGAUCUUGAGGAGACCAAAAAGCAAAGCAAUUGUUAGUCGCAUGAAAGAAGUUCUAGCAGAAUUUAUGGCCAGUUGCAAGCAGUAUAUUACCGCUGCAGAAAAGAAGACUAUGACAAAGCCAAACACUUUAGACAAGAGCCGAAUGACCUGGCUUAAAAAGAACAUUAAUAUUCUGGCUAAGCAGGCAAGGAAAAUCCAGGUCAAAGUACGGACCAAAAACGCUCACGACAAAUUAGGAGAUCUGCGAAAGAUCCUGAAAAGGCUUCGCUUUCUUGCCAUAGAGCCUCAGAGCACUUUACCAGAUGUCUUCAUAUGGAUGUUAAGUAAUAACAAGCGUGUGGCUUAUGCAAGGAUUCCAUCCUACAACGUGCUUUUCUCCAUGGUGGAAGAGGAAAAAGGAAAGGACUGUGGCCACAUUCAGACCAUCUACAUGAGGACUCCUGGAGCUGGCUUGGGUGAGAUCUUUGCAAAGCUGGAGGUUUAUCUUUGGCUUGGCUCAACCAAGUAUGUGAAGAACAACAUAAGCAGUUUGCCAGAAGACUUUAAAGCUGUUUAUGAGGUUCCUCCACCUGUUCCACUAAAUAUGCCCCCUGUAAAGCUAGUGUGCGAAGACAGCAGAUACUUCCAGCUGAGGGCACACGUCUACCAAGCCAGGGGAAUUCUGGCAGCAGAUGACAAUGGCCUUUCUGACCCCUUUGCUAAGGCUGUGUUUUCUACACAGUGUCAAACAACCAGGAUUCUAGAAGAAACUUUGUCACCUACCUGGUGUGAACUAUUGCUGUUUGACCAGAUUCUCAUCGAAGGAAGCCGAGACGAGCUGCUGAGAGAUCCACCUGUCAUUUGCUUGAAUUUUUAUGAUUAUGACAAAAUUGGCAGUCCUGACUUCAUUGGGCGAGCUUUUGCUGCUCCAGAAAUAAAGAUAAUUGGUGAGCCUUACAAAAAGCCAGCCUUGCAGUUCUUUGAUAUAACAAAGGGGAAGAUUGAAGCCGGAGAACUGCUAGGCGCCUUUGAACUCAUUGAGCUUGAUUAUUCAGGCUAUGGAGAGCCCACCGUACCCCAAGAUGUGAAUCCUAUUGAACCAGAGUAUAUAAGUGCUGAAAACUAUUAUAUAAUCCCUGACACAGUCCGUCCUGUCCUGCGACAGUUCAGACUAGAGGUAUUAUUCUGGGGACUUCGUGACUUAAAACGAGUGAACCUUUUCGAAGUAGAGAAACCCCUGGUCAAGAUUGAAUGUGCGGGCAAAAGGAUUGAAUCUGAGGAAAUCACGGAUUACAAAUCCAAUCCCAAUUUUGAAGAGCUUGUGAAAUGCCUUGAUGUGGAACUCCCAGAAUUGGUGUAUCUGCACCCUCCGUUGACGAUUUUUGUGCUUGAGAGAAGGUCCUUUGGCCGUUUAGUCCUUGUGGGAACUCAUGUGGCAAGGAACCUCAUGAAAUUUGCACCUAAAGACCUUGAAGAAUUCAAUGACGAUGAUGAGCCAGAGCCGGAGCCAGAGGCACGUUUGCCUCUGAAAGAAGAGAAGCCCUUACAGAUCAUUGGUUCCAUGGGCCUGGGGUCACUUCCUGUGACUGACUCUAAGAUUCCUAUAAAGCCUAUGGCUCUCAUUACAAGCCCGCUGAAAAAAGCCACUGAGCUGCUAGCGAAAGAAGAAGACUUCGAGGAGGAGGAACCAGAAAAAGAAGAGCUUGAUUGGUGGUCAAAGUACUACGCCUCUCUCUCUGAAAUGGCUGGACAGCCUGUUGAAGAAGAUGAAGAGAAUGAAGAAGAUGGUGAAACACCAACAGGACCAGACACGGUAGACGACGAGAUCGUUGUCCCUCCAACAGAGCCUCCAAAACCAAAGAGAAAAAUGGUUGCCACUGUAACACUAUAUAAAUCUGAACUGGAAAACGAUUUUGAAGACUUCAUGGAUUGGCUUUACACUUUUACACUCUACAAAGGGAAAGCGAAUUGUGAUGAUGAUGAUGAUGAUGAGGAUGACCGUACCAUGGGGAAGUAUAAGGGCUCAUUUUUGGUUUACCCCAAAGAGGAAGAAGAUCCUGAAAGCCGAAUCAUACAAGGAGUUCCCAAAAACAUUGCGGUUAAAGUUCUAAUCCGAGUUUAUGUCGUCAAGGCUACAGAUUUGGCGCCAACUGACCCCAAUGGGAAGGCCGAUCCCUACAUUGUAGUGAAAGUUGGUCCGCAGCAAAUGGAUACAAAGGAUCGCUAUAUUCCAAAACAGCUCAACCCCGUUUUUGGAGAGGUUUUUGAAAUGACCAUAUCAUUCCCUCUUGAAACUGAGAUGAUCUUAAAGGUGUACGACCAUGACCUGGUUGGUUCAGAUGACAUGAUUGGAGAGACCAAGAUAGACCUUGAAAACCGCUUCUACAGUAAACACAGGGCACUCUCUGGCUUAUCUUCUCACUAUGACACAGAUGGGUACAACAAAUGGAGGGAUGCCCGAAAACCUACAGCAAUCCUGGCUGCUUUGUGCCGGAAAAAUAAUAUCCCUCCUCCUGAGUACAGAGAAUCAGAAGUGAAGAUUGUCAACAAAAUCUUCAAAAUUCCUGUGGAAGCUUUUCCAGAAGAGCUGCAUAAGAAAAACAACAAGAAUGAACAAGAGAUGGAUGAGAUGGAGGAGCACAAGUCUUUGCAUGUACUGCUUAACUGGGACCAGAUGCCAGAAUAUGGCUGUCGUCUUGUUCCUGAGCAUGUGGAAGUCAGAUCUCUAAUGAACCCUGACAAACCCAACAUGCCCCAGGGUUAUGUUCACAUGUGGGUUGACAUUUUUCCGGUGGAUGUUCCUGCUCCCCCUCCUGUGAAUAUUAAGCCUCGACUCCCUGUAAGCUAUGAACUGCGAGUAAUUAUUUGGAACACGGACGAUGUUGUUUUGGAUGACAUCAAUCCAUUCACAGGGGAACCUUCCAGUGACAUCUAUGUUAAAGGAUGGGUUAAGGGGCUGGAUGGAGAAAAGCAGGAAACCGAUGUUCAUUUUAGCUCUCUAACUGGUGAAGGCAACUUCAACUGGAGGUUUGUUUUCCGCUUUGAUUAUCUGCCCACUGAAAAGGAGAUUAUUUACAAGAAAAAGGAGUCCAUAUUUUCUAUUGAUGAGACUGAAUUUCGACAGCCAUCAGUUCUUGUACUUCAGAUCUGGGAUUAUGAUCGGAUUGGAUCCAAUGACUUUAUUGGCUCUAUUGAACUGAAGUUGAAUGAUAUGGUAAGAGCUGCAAAGUCAGCAGGCCAAUGCAAUGUCAAGAUGGCAAAAGACAAAGCUGGGCCUCGGUUUUCAAUCUUUAGAAGCAAGAGAAUGAAGGGCUGGUGGCCGGUGAUCAAACUUAAGACCAAAGAAGAAAUUGAGAAGGAGAGGCAAGAAGCUGAAGAGGCAAAGAAUAAGAAAAAGAAAAAGAAAAAGAAGGAUGACAAGAAAAACAAGAGUCGCAGAAAGAAUCUUAAGCCUGAAGAUAUUCAGUUUAUGGACUCCAGCGGAAACACCUUUGUUAUGACGGGGAAAAUUGAAGCAGAAUUUCAGCUUGUCACUCUAGAAGAAGCAGAGAAGAACCCGGUUGGCAAAGCACGGAAGGAACCAGAACCGCUUGACAAACCUGACCGGCCAAAGACUUCUUUCAACUGGUUUGUAAAUCCUCUGAAGACCUUUGUAUUCCUGAUUUGGAAGAAAUAUAAGAAAUACAUCAUUGCACUAAUUAUCAUUGCAAUUCUUGGCCUGUUCCUUGGUCUCAUUAUCUACACCCUUCCUCAGCAAAUCAGUCAGAAGAUUAUUCAAGGCUGAGCUCCUGUUAUCUUCUCCCUGGAUGCUGCUCCAACGGUUACUGACUACCUCUUCCUUUUAAUUACCGGGUGGAGACAUUUUAUGCUUGUUACUCAGGUACACUGUGUUUAAAUUACAGUCAAGUAUCUUCUUGGCUGACAUGGACCUUUUCGCAUAUGGAAUUACCUGUAAGAUUUCUUCUGUUUCAAGCGGCAUCUAUUCAAAGGCUCCUCUGUGGCACAUUACAUUUGCUAGCCAUUUCUUGUGGCACUUUGCCCCCUAAUGACAUCUCUGAACUCCUGUUAUUUACAUUACUGCCUGCCACUGCAUAUCCAACUGCUAUACAGCCACUGAGUGAAACUUUGAUCUGAGAGCCUUGUUUUCUGGAAGCAGCAUAAUUUAAUUGUAUGUACAAGAAAUGAACAAAAAUAAGACACGGGAUCAGCAUGCAAGGCACAUCCUUUAUUUCGGAGGCAGAAACAUACUUAGCCUGCUUUUAGAAUACAAUGUGUAUACUGUAUUUAUAUUGUAUAUGUCUGUCUUUCACUUCAGUGCAAUAAACCUUUCCUGAAAAGUA